AUGUAUUGGCAACAACUUAAGCAAGCAUCUGGCCGUCGAGUCGUCAUCACUGGUAUGGGUUUAGCAACUCCGAUAGGAAAUACUCUAGAAGAAGUAUUUGCAGGCCUUAUUCAAGGCAAAUCUGGGAUCCGUAAAAUUCCUAAAUCAAGAUUCCCUGAGAUAGACGAAAUGCCAGUUGACAUUGGUGGACUACUAGACGUGGAUUUGGAAGAAUGGUACCGAAUUAUGCCUAGUAAUCGUACCCAACAAAAUGCUUAUGGCUUCAUAGGUGCUUACAGAGCUAUGAUGGACUCCGGUUAUAAGCCACAAACGGAAGCAGAGAGAGAAAGGUUUGGCUGUAUCAUGGGGACUGGGACAUCAACAGGCAGAAAUAUUUUUGGAAUGUAUGAUAAGUUUUUCAGGGCUGGGGCUGCCAUGAGUUCAGUGCAUGGAGGGUAUUCUAUAUUAAAUGAUUAAAAAGCUUAAAAGAAAGUGCAUUAUUACAAGUUUUUUCUUAAAAAAAAGAUUUAGAUAUAAUGAUAUGGAAUAUAUAGAAGAAACCGAUAUUCAUGGCUUAACGGCUGCUGUUAGCAAAUACUUCCAGACAAAAGGGCCAGUUGGAACCUUAACAGCUGCAUGCGCCACAGGUCAAGCAGUCAUUCAAGAAGCCUAUAGAAAUAUUUUGCUUGGAGAAGCUGACGUUGUAAUAGCUGCAAGUGCUGAAAAUGUCGUUAUUCCUUAUGGAGUUAGAGGGUUUACUACCUUAGGUGCCAUUAAUACCAAAGAUAAUGAUAAUCCAGAAGGCGCUCCUAGGCCUAUGGAUGAGAGCAGAGGUGGGCUUUGUGUAAGUGAUGGCGGAGACGGGGUAUUCUAUUACAUAUAAAUAGCUCAUAUAGGCCAUAUUUAUUAUAUUUAUUUAAUUAAUAGAAAACAGUAUAAUCCUUGAAGAACUUCAGCAUGCUUUAAGAAGAGGUGCAAAAAUAUAUGGUGAAUUUAAAGGAUUUUCUAUGAACUGUGAUGGAUACCAUUUAACAAGACCUACUGCAGAAGGAGAAGGAAUAUAUAGAACUAUGUCUAACAGCAUCCAAAUGGCAGGACUUGAUCCUUCUGAAAUCACACUUGUUCAUGCACACGCUGCAGGAACUAGAGAAGGAGAUCUUGCUGAAAUGGUCGGAAUUGACAGGCUAUUUGGAGACAUUAACCCUUAUAUCACUGGAUGCAAAGGAAAUACUGGACAUAUGAUGUGCACAGUUGGUACUUUCCAUGCUAUUGAAAGUCUUUUGAGUAUCACACAUGGAAUUAUACCACCUAUGCUGCAGUUUUUUGAAUUAAUUUUAUUAUUUAAUUUAUUUAUUAUAAGAAUAAGUCAUAUUUGCUAAAAAAAAGAAUGGCCAUGUUUGUCAUGUCUUUUAAAUCUAUAAAAUGCAGUAUAUUUAAAAAUCUUAAAAAUCCUAUUACAGUUAACGGAAAAAUGCUGAAUUAUGUAAGAGAGCCAGUCUAUACAAAUGUAAGAAACGUUGUUAUGAACAAUGUAGGAUUCGGAGGAAUCAAUAGCUCUUUGGUUGUGUCGAAAUAUGAGCCUUAA